AUGGAACAUCUCUCUGGAGAAGAGCUUCAUACACCCGAUUCCUUUCUUGUCAUUUUUAAUGGUUUUAUCCUUGGCAAGCACAGGAGACCACGGCGUUUUGCUACUGCAAUGAGAAAGUUGCGAAGAGCAUGUCUAAUUGGCGAAUUUGUGAGUAUCUAUGUCAAUGAAAAACAGUGUUGUGUUUACUUAGCUUCAGAUGGUGGUAGAGUUUGCCGUCCUCUUGUCAUUGCUGACAAAGGAAUAUCAAGAGUCAAAGCUUAUCAUAUGAAAGAGUUAAAGGAUGGAGUGUGCACAUUUCGUGACUUUUUACGUAAGGGCUUGAUUGAGUAUCUUGAUGUCAAUGAGGAAAACAAUGCUAUGAUUGCUUUAUAUGAAGGAGGUGCAACAUUAGAAACUACCCAUAUUGAGAUUGAGCCUUUCACUAUCUUAGGAGUUUGCGCGGGGCUAAUUCCAUACCCUCAUCAUAAUCAAUCUCCUAGAAACACUUAUCAGUGUGCAAUGGGAAAGCAAGCUAUGGGAAAUAUAGCAUAUAACCAGCUCCGACGAAUGGACACCUUACUUUAUCUAUUGGUUUAUCCUCAACGACCUUUGUUGACAACAAAAUCAAUUGAGCUGGUUGGAUAUGAUAAGCUUGGAGCAGGUCAGAAUGCCACUGUAGCCGUAAUGAGCUACAGUGGUUAUGAUAUUGAGGAUGCAAUUGUCAUGAACAAGUCAUCUCUUGAUCGAGGCUUUGGUCGUUGUAUAGUUAUGAAAAGGUAUGUUGCCGUUAGACAAAAGUAUCAGAAUGGCACACAAGAUCGUAUAUUGAGGCCCAAUAGAGCUGCAGACUCGGGGGGAAAUAUGCAGAUACUUGAUGAUGAUGGGAUUGCUGCUCCUGGAGAAAUUAUUAGGCCAAAUGACAUUAUGGUAAACAAGCAAUCACCAAUUGAUAAGCAAACUCAUGGAUCUAUAGCUAACUUGCCCGAUAGUGCAUAUCGGUCCAGUCAUUCAACUUUCAGUAAAUGUCAUGGAGGUGAAGUAGUUGAUAGAGUAGUUCUUUGCAAUGAUAAGGAUAGUAACAUGUGUAUCAAACUUCUAGUCCGUCACACAAGGAGGCCUGAGUAG